UGUGUCGUCGAGGUGAUUGAACUUUAGAAUCGACAGUCCAUAACACCUGUAUGUUUUUACUAUGCUCACAGACGCGUGGCUGAAAAGCCAUUCAAGCUCCCAUUCUUGCUGACGUUGUGCAUAACAACACUGACGUAAAACCAUUCUGUACGACGGCAGCAGCUAACAGUACUACAUUAAUGUAACAUUAGCUAGCUAGCUAGCUAGCUAGACGGGAUACCAUCGCUAGCUAGAUGUUAACUUACUGUGUGCCUAUCUUUAACGCACGGUUUCCCGUAAAUGAACUGUUAUGAAUAUUGUUGUUACAUCGCCUGGUGUUGAAGAAGUUUAAUAAACAUGAGUGACCAGGGGGACAUUUGUCCCCACCUGAAUUCCAUAGGGGAGGUCACCAAGGAGGAGCUUCUGCAGAAAUCCAAGGGAACCUGCCAGUCAUGUGGAGCAGGAGGCCCCAACCUCUGGGCCUGUCUGCAGAGCGAGUGUCAAUAUGUUGGAUGUGGAGAAACCUUUUCAGAUCACAGCACCCUACAUGCACAGGCAAAUAAACACAACCUGACAGUGAACCUGACCACGUUCAGGAUCUGGUGCUAUGUGUGUGAGAGGGAGGUGUUUCUGGAGCAGAGGCCUGCAGCCGUACCUACCAUGUCUGCCACACACACUCCCCACCACUGUAAAGCUAUGGAACACCAGGUACGCCAUCGCACAAAGGAUGCAGUUCAUCAACCAGUGAGUCACCACCACCCGUUGAAGGCGGUCCCUAUCGCGGUAGCCGAAGAAGAGUGGUCAGAGUCGGAGGAGGAUGAGCUCAAACCCAGAGGUCUGACAGGGAUGAAGAAUAUCGGUAACUCCUGCUACAUGAACGCAGCACUUCAAGCCCUGUCCAACUGUCCUCCUCUCACUCAGUUCUUCCUGGACUGCAGUGGACUGGUGCGGACUGACAAGAAGCCUGCACUGUGCAAAAGCUACCAGAAACUAAUCUCUGAGCUCUGGCACAAGAAACGGCCCAGUUACGUAGUCCCUACCAGUCUGUCCCAGGGCAUCAAGCUGGUCAACCCCAUGUUCCGUGGCUACGCCCAGCAGGUAGGGGCAAGCUCCCAGCAGGACACCCAGGAGUUCCUGCGCUGUCUGAUGGACCAGCUCCACGAGGAGCUCAAAGAGCCACUGGCAGAGUGUGGCGGGGGAGGGGAGGGGGAUGAGCGGAGGGACGGGGGCGACCGCUCCCCCUCCGAGGACGAGUUCCUCUCCUGCGACUCGGGCGCCAGCAGCGACCGGGGGGAGGGAGGGGGGCUGGGGGAGCCCGAGCUGCUCAUUCAGGACGAGUGUGGGGUGGGGCCGAGAGUUGGAGGAGGGGGGACAGGCACAGGGGGGCCCAUCUCAGAGAAAGAGAGGCUGAAGGAGAAAAGGGUGUCGGGCUCGCCCCUCCACGGGGGCUCCCAGGAGAUGGACGAGGACGCAGAUGUGGACACGACAGCGGCCGAAGAGGGGGCUCUGGAGAGGGGAGCAGAGGAGGAGGAGGGGACCCCCCCUAGCCCUAAGCCACAGAGUCCGAGUAAGACACAGGGGCAGACGCAGAGCAACAGCACUCGAGAGCCAGACAAUGAGGCAUCGAUGCAGCAGCGCCCCCAGUCUCGCCCCUGCAGCCCCGUCCGUACUGUCCAGGAACUGCACCCCAAACUCUCCCCCAGCCCCACUCGCUCCAGCCCCUUCCGCUCUGCAGGGCCCGCAUACUCAUUUAAGAAAGCCCAGCUGUUCCUGGGUGCCAAGAAGCAGAAGCAGUCUCGCUACCGCAGCGUCAUCUCAGACAUCUUCGACGGCUCAAUCCUCAGCCUGGUCCAGUGUCUGACUUGUGACAGGGUGUCGACCACAGUGGAGACCUUCCAGGACCUGUCCCUGCCCAUCCCAGGUAAGGAGGACCUGGCCAAGCUACACGCCUCCAUCCACCAGAACCUCCCUGCCAAGACCGGGGUGUCUCUGGAUGUCUACGGUUCCCAGGGCUGGAUCACCUACAUCAUGGACUCCAUACGCAGGUUUGUGGUGUCCUGUAUCCCCAGCUGGUUUUGGGGUCCUAUGGUCACACUGGAGGACUGCCUCGCUGCCUUUUUCGCUGCUGAUGAGCUCAAAGGGGACAACAUGUACAGCUGUGAAAGGUGUAAAAAAUUGAGAAAUGGUGUAAAAUAUUGCAAAGUACUUCGGCUACCUGAGAUCCUGUGUAUCCACCUGAAGCGUUUUCGCCAUGAGGUGAUGUACUCCUUCAAAAUCAACAGCCACGUGUCCUUCCCAUUGGAGGGCCUCGAACUCCGACCUUUCCUGGCCAAGGACAGCCCCUCCCAGAUCACAACCUAUGACCUCUUGUCCGUCAUCUGUCACCAUGGCACUGCAGGCAGCGGUCACUACAUAGCGUACUGUCAGAACGUGAUUAACGGUCAGUGGUAUGAGUUUGAUGACCAGUAUGUAACGGAGGUCCAUGAGACGGUGGUGCAGAAUGCUGAGGCCUAUGUGCUCUUCUACAGGAAGAGCAGUGAGGAGUCGAUGAGGGAGAGGCAGAAGGUGGUGGCUUUAGCUAGCAUGAAGGAGCCAAGCCUGCUGCAGUUCUACAUCUCCAGAGAGUGGCUGAACAAGUUCAACACUUUCACUGAGCCAGGACCCAUCAGCAACCACACCUUCCUCUGCCAGCACGGAGGGAUCCCGCCCAAUAAAUACCACUACAUUGACGACCUGGUGGUGAUCCUGCCCCAGAACGUGUGGGAGUACCUGUACAACAGUUUUGGAGGAGGUCCAGCAGUGAACCACUUGUACGUGUGUGCCAUCUGCCAGGUGGAGUUAGAGGCUCUGAUCAAACGCAGGAAGGUGGAAAUAGACACCUUUAUCAGGUUGAAUAAAGAGUUCCAAGCGGAGGAGGCUCCUACAGUCAUCCUGUGUAUCAGUAUGCAGUGGUUCAGAGAGUGGGAGAGCUUCGUCAAGGGCAAAGACAACGAGCCCCCAGGUCCUAUUGACAACAGUAAGAUUGGUGUCAUGAAAGGGGGACACGUACAGCUCAAGCAAGGGGCUGACUAUGGUCAGAUUUCAGAGGAGACGUGGCAGUAUCUCCUCAGUAUCUAUGGUGGAGGGCCUGAGAUUGCAGUGAGACAGACAGUGCCGGCCCCGGCCCCCGACACAGACAGCCUGCAUGGAGAGAGGAAGAUAGAGGCAGAGACCAGGGCACUCUGAGAAAUGGUCGUCUGUGUUUGACUCCCCUUUACACUAGCCCUCACUGGAGCUGAGGGGUUUGAUUUGCACCUGGGUGAAGAGAAGCCUUGUCGUGAACACUUUGUAAAACGUAGCAACGCGCCUCAUUCUAUUACCUGUGCAGGAAGACAUAGUGGUCAAUUAUCAUCAUAUCGUAGUAGAAAAGGUCUUAUUUAUUGAACAAACUCUUAAUAAGAUGUUUAAGUAAGAAAAUAUACAUUGCGUGACGCCAUGUCUUCGAAGCUAUUUUGGUAGUUGCAGUAGGUUGGUGACUUCAAAAUCUAAAUAGCUGCUGUACUACUGUAGUAACGGUGUCCUGCAAUCAGACGAGAGGCGGAGGGAGGGAAUGGCAUCCGGUGCCGAGGGCCGUGACAUCAUCAGUGUGAAUUGCUGCUCGACGAAUUGGGUGAACUUUUACAUUCAUCUUUUUUGCUGCAGGCCCCUAACAGCAAACAUUCAAUGACGAUACGUCUGCCACUCAAACGUUUUGAUUUGAUUUUAGCGAGACAUUGGAAGAGGAUGGAUGUAAAAAAAGAAAAGGUUGUUCAGAGCGUGUUUUGAACGUUGCGAUGUUGUUGCAGUGUUCCACUCCCUUUCUGAGGAGGACUGCAAAGUUUUCGGAUUGUCGUGACUCGUGGUGUCUCAUCGCAUUGUAGAUUUAUUUAUUUAAGUCAUACAGAUCGAGGCUUAUUCCAUCAAUACCCCCUAGUGGUGUACAUUUACAGACAGUAUGAACAAGCAGAUUAGGUGAUUAUCUCUCUCCGUUCCUUAGUGUAGGAGACUAGACUGGUCCCAGAUCUAUUUGUGAUGUCUUACCAACUCUAUGGUCUAGUUGGCAAGACGGCACAAACAGUUCUGGAACCAGGCUAGUAGGAGACAGCAGCAGAUCUACAGGGGAGGAGGGAACCCUCCGGUGCAUGCAGCCCCAGGUUAGGACAGGAUAUCAGGCUAGGAGGGGAGGAAAGAGAGGGGGGAGAUCCAGUGUGCAUGUAAAUACUGCACGCUAAAACAGGUUCAAACUUGUUUUUGUUUUGUUUUUGGGAGGUAGGACGAUGUUGUUAUGUACUUUGAAAAGAGAUGAUGCAAGCGGUGAUGUCAUUAUGAGCUUUCCCUGAGUAUGCCAACUAGCCAUUUAAUGGUUAAAAGACAUGCGUUCAAGUGUGUGUAUGGCUACUGUAGCAAUGCUAUGUAAUGGAUGCUGUCUAGUCGGUCCAAACAAUGUUUGAACCUAAAAGUAUAGGUUUGAGAAAUUUCUGAGGGAUUCUGUGCUGCCGUGCUUGUAAGUGGUAUGUCAGUGUCCAAAGAGUAAUUACGUAAUUUUUUAAAAAGAGAACGUAAUUUUGUCCCCUUUAAAAUAUAUUGGUUUUUUUUUGUAUUCUUGUAUUUUUGUCAAUUCUGUACAGAGGUGAAACCUCCAAGAGUGUCUAUAUUUGUUUUUGUGGAGAAGUGCAAUGAAACAUUUCUGGCUGUCUAUCUGUGCUCAGACACCUUAGAAUAGUUAAUAUUAUUAUUAUUGUUAUUAUUAUUAAAGUCUGCAGAUGGGUUGCUAAAGCGUUGUAACUUAGUUAUGACAGUGGACUACAGUGACGAUCCUUGUGCUGCAGUAUUAUUCCAAAGUCUUUAAAACGCUCCGUGAUACUUGUCUUAAUUCACCUCACUUCAGAAUUCCUGGUUUGUGUGUCUUGGGUUGUGUACACACACACACACACACACACUCACUCGCGUGUAAGAGAUUAUUUUCACUGGUUGAUGAUUUAACAUAAAGACAUUGCUGUGGUGGAAUUGAUUGCAUAGAUAAUGACUCGGAAUGAAUCAACUUGUUUUUCAAUGACGAUAGUGUCUGUCAUGGUCACAGUAAUGAUGAACUAUUGAUGCUGUUCGUCUUCAGUGGUUCAUCCAAACUCAGAUGAGUGUCUGUAAAACUGAUGUAAUUAUGAAUGAUUAUAUGAUUAAAAGACUGUUCUUUCA